AUGAACUUAUUACCACCAAAAGAAGAGACUGUUUUAUGUUCAAUAUCAGCAUUUACACAGCAUAAUAAUGUAAUGGUUAUUGAGCCAAAUACCUUUUCAGGAAAUCAUCCAUUUGUUUUAGAAUCUUCAAAAGAUAGAGAAGAAGAUAACAAACAAAAACCAAAUACAAAUUCAUUGAAUAAAAAAAAAACACAAAAAUCAAAAAGUUUUUUUAGUGUUCUUUUAAAGAAUAAACACACAAUAAAUAAAAUGGUUAAACAAUUAGAACAACUCAAAUUAAAUACUAGUAAAUUACAACAACAAUACUUAUCGAGUCUUAUUAGAUUAAAAACUUUAAAAAACUCAUUACAAGCUUGUCCUAUGUAUCAUGUGGCUAUGGAUGAAUAUAAAUUUCAAAAAGAAAGAAAAACACCAAUUGACUUUAUUAUUCUUCCACCUUUAAAAUUAAAAAACCAACAAAAUCAAGUUGAGGUAAUUAAAAAUCAAUUAUCAGCUCCUCUCUUUCAUUCUUUAACUGAAGAUAAGUAUGAUGAAGUUCCUUCUUCUUUUAUUUCUAUUCCUAGAUAA